AUGGCUUCCACACACCACUUCGAUGUCAGUCGCCUCUUCAGCGUAAAGGGCUAUGUUUGCCUAGUAACGGGUGGAGGAACUGGCAUUGGUCUUAUGGCAACUCAAGCCCUUGCCGCCAACGGUGCAAGAGUCUACAUCACUGGUCGCCGAAUGGAAGUUCUGGAAAACGCUGCGAAAGAACACUGUCCGUCAUCCUCGAAAGCCCAAUCUGACGACAUUGCAUCCUCUCUGCGAGAUUCUGGAGGCCGCAUCAUCCCUAUUGGCCCAUGCGACGUGACAUCGAAAUCUGAUCUCGAGAAGCUCGUUAAGCAAAUCUCCGAAAAGGAAGACCAUGUAGACCUUCUCAUCUGCAACGCAGGAAUUUCCGGACCCAAGGUCGAGCCAAAAGAAGAGAACGCUCUGGAGCUGUCGAAAAAAUUGUGGGAGGGAGAGAGUGUUGAGGAUUGGCAGAAGACCUUUCAGACGGACGUCACUAGUGUGUACUUCACCACCGUURCUCUCCUUCCUCUGCUACAGGCAGCACACAAUGGAAAGGAUACAGGCGCGGAUACCCGCCAAGAUGGAUCUGGUAGACUGGAGAAGUUUGGACCGAGCGUCAUUACCAUUUCUUCCAUGUCCGGACUCAUGCGAGAUGCUCAAGGGCACUUCUCAUACAAUGCAGCCAAGGGAGCCACGGUCCAUAUCAGCAAGUUGAUGAGUGCUGAGUUCCAGAAAUUGGGCAUUCGGGUGAACUCGAUUGCACCGGGCUACUUCCCGAGUGAGAUGACAACAAAGAAGAGUGACGAGAAGAACAAGAGCCAAAUGCCGGAGGGAAAGAUCGAAGGCACGGGACAUGUCCCCGUCAUGCGAGAAGGUAGAGAUGAGGAGAUGGGUAUGGCGGUUUUGUUUCUGUGCAAGAACGGGUACGUCAACGGCGAGAUCAUCGCUGUGGACGGUGGAGUCCUGAACGUUGUCAGUGGGAGGUAA